GGAGCGGGGGCGGUGGGCGCGGAACGGCCGCUGCCGCAGUCCGGCGCCUCCGGGCCGACCCCCCGCCCCUCACCGGCGGGUCUCCGGCGGGUCCCCGGCGGUUGCGGGGCCGCUGCCGCGGGUGCCCCCAGCGCGGCGGGAGCGCACACGGUGCGGCGCUUGGUGGAUGCGGGGCCUCGGCCGGGCUUUCCCAGCCCCGGGUUAAAAAAAUAACAACCGGGAGCGGGUAAAAACCCGUGAAGGGGCGUGCUUCUCCCGGUGCUCCCGCUGCAACGUCUGGUAGCUUCGGUUCAGGCCGGUGUUCCCGCCCUCCCACGCCUUGUCCUCGCAGAGCCGCUGCCCCGCGUGUCGGUCGCGUCCCUCGCAGCCAUGAAAACUUCAGCAAUGAGUAAACGUAAGUCAAAGGAGAGCUCUGCAGCAAAUGCAGAAUGUAUUUCACAGGUGCAAAAAAUUCUACGUGAAAGAUUCUGUCACAGUACUGCUACUGGGAAGCUGUUUGGGGUUGAACAUCAGUACAAGCAUCUGCUGGAACUGCUGAAACGAACGGUGGUUCACGGAGAAAGUAAUUCUGCCCUCAUUAUCGGACCCCGAGGAUCAGGAAAGACUGCGUUAUUAAAUCAUGCCUUAAAAGAGCUCAUGGAAAUGAAACAAGUUAGAGGGAACCUCUUGGAAGUUCAUCUGAAUGGGCUUCUGCAGACUAAUGAUAAAGUGGCCCUGAAGGAGAUCACCAGACAGUUGCACCUGGAAAAUGUGGUUGGUGAUAAAGUUUUUGGCAGUUUUGCUGAAAAUCUCGCGUUCCUCCUUGAAGCUUUAAGGAAAGGAGAUCGAACUAGUAGUUGUCCGGUCUUGUUUAUACUGGAUGAAUUUGACUUGUUUGUUCAUCACAAGAAUCAGACGCUGCUCUAUAACCUCUUCGAUAUAUCCCAGUCAGCGCAGACUCCGGUAACAGUUAUUGGACUUACAUGUAGGCAGGAUAUCCUGGAGCUCUUGGAGAAGAGAGUAAAGUCAAGGUUCUCUCACCGCCAGAUAUACUUGAUGAAUUCCUUUAAUUUUAAACAAUACCUUAGAAUAUUCAAGGAACAGCUUUCUCUUCCUGCUGAAUUUCCUGAUGAGUAUUUUGCACAAAAAUGGAAUAAAAACGUUCAGCAUCUCUCAGAGGAUAAAGCUGUGCGAGAUGUGCUGCAGAACCUUUUUCACUAUGCCAAAGAUCUGCGCUCACUUCAUUUGCUGUUGAUGCUCGCUGUAAGUAACGUUACUGUGCAUCACUCGCUUAUCACUGCAUCAGAUCUCCAAGAAGUAAGCAAGCGGUAUAGGGUGGACUCAAAAGCAAACAUCGUACAUGGUUUGUCUGUCCUGGAAAUCUGCCUAAUUAUAGCGAUGAAACACUUAAAUGAUGUUUAUGAAGGAGAACCAUUUAACUUCCAGAUGGUUUACAAUGAAUUCCAGAAGUUCAUACAAAGGAAGGCGCACUGCAUGUACAACUUCGAAAAGCCGGUUGUCAUGAAGGCAUUUGAACACUUACUGCAGCUGGAAUUAGUAAAACCGAUAGAAAGGCCGUCUGUGCGUGGUCAGAGAGAGUACCUCUUAAUGAGACUGCUUUUGGACAACGACCAAAUCAUGGAUGCUUUGCAAGCGUACCCAAACUGCCCGACGGACAUCAAGCAGUGGGCGACGUCAUCGCUCAGCUGGUUGUGAACUUUGUGGAACUUGCAGUAUCGCUUUCUGCAUUUAAAACUUUUGGAAUCGAACUUGCAAACUCCAGAAGAUGUGACGUUUACCCGCAGCAGGGUGUUCAAAUUAAUAAAUUUUUGGAAGAA